AUGUGUAAACACGAGUUGAAGCGCGCGAUUACUAGCAAAUGGCAUGCCGUAAAUGGUGUGACCUUUCACGGGCCGGACAUCUACUGCAACAGCACCCACGGUAUCUCCAUGGGCAGCAUUGGCCAGUAUGAAGGCGUCAAGGAUUACAUAGAGAACGCCUACAUCGAGAACGUGAUCAUGCUGAACGCUGAGGACGGUGCCCGUCUUGAGGCAUGGGCUGGCCCAACCGCCGGCUACGGAUACAUCAAGAACGUCACCUUCAAGAACUUCUACGCUGACAACACUGCUUGGCCCAUCGUUCUCGAUGCUUGCUACUUCAAUGUCAAGCCGGAGAUCUGCUCUCAGUAUCCAUCCAGGGUCGACAUCCACGACAUCGUCUUCAAGAACUUCAUCGGCAUGUCGAGCGGCAAGAACGGACGCCCGGUCGCCAAGCUUACUUGCAGCCCCAACGCUGUCUGUGACAACAUCAAUCUGAGCGAGAUCGACCUUCACAGCCCAAAGGGCGAGGCGGUGAUCAUUUGCGAUGGUAUCUCUGACGUCGGAGUUCCCUGCGUGCCCUUGACCGAGGCCAGGAAGAGAGGCCUCGUGUUGUAA